CCGGUCGCAGAGCCCGGGGCGGCUCCUCGGCGAGCUGGGACCGCCGCGCUCCCGCCGCCGCCGCCGCGCGCUGGCGUGAUUCCCGGCCCGCGCCGCGCCCUCCCGCGCUGCAGCCGACUCGGCUCCCUGUCCGCCCAGACGCCGCUGCUCCCGGGCUCUCGGUGUCGGCUCCGCGGAGGGAGAGGAAAUGAGUGCGGCGGCGGCGGCGGCGGCGGCGGCGCCCGAGCGGGGCUGGAAGAGCGAGAAAGUGGACGAGGCUCAGGCCUUGGCGCGGAGUUGCGCCGCCCGCAGACCCGACUUCCAGCCGUGCGACGGGCUCUCCAUCUGUGCCACGCACAGCCACGGCAAGUGCUUCAAGCUGCACUGGUGCUGCCACCUGGGAUGGUGUCACUGCAAGUACGUGUACCAGCCUAUGACCCCCGUGGAGCAGCUCCCCAGCACCGAGAUUCCUGUGAAGCCCCGGGAACCCACCAACACCAUCCAGAUCUCAGUCUCUCUCACCGAACACUUUCUGAAAUUUGCAUCUGUCUUCCAGCCUCCCCUCCCGCCUGAUUCACCAAGGUACUGUAUGAUCUCAGACCUCUUUAUUGACAACUAUCAGGUUAAAUGUAUUAAUGGGAAGAUGUGUUAUGUGCAGAAGCAGCCGGCACCACAUUCCCACAAAAUGAGCCCUCAGGAGGUCUCUGCACACGAUGCCUUAAUUUCAAAAGAGAGCAAUACACCAAAAAUAGAUCACUGCUCUUCUCCCUCAAGUUCUGAGGACUCUGGGAUCAAUGCCGUCGGGGCUCACUACGUGGAAUCGUGUGAUGAGGACACAGAGGAAGGAGCCGAAUUGAGCUCAGAGGAAGACUACAGUCCAGAGAGCAGCUGGGAGCCGGACGACUGCACCCUUCUCUCCCCGUCGCAGUCGGAUCUGGAGGUCAUCGAGACGAUAGAAACCACCGUGUGAGUCAGGGCAGGAAGCCGCGUCCUCUGGUCCAGGCUGUGCUUUGUACUUUUGUUGGAUGGACCCUUUUGCCAGUGCAGUUGGUAUUUUCUACCCCUAACAACUGUAGCAGUUCAGUGGUCUGCUGAUUAGCUAAACUCUUAAAUUAGUCUUAUAACUAAGAUAUUUCUUUUCUUUUGUAUCUUGACUUACUUUCUAUGUAGCAUCUGGUGUCACGAAUUGUGACCCAGCCUUAAUUUCACUGGGAACUUUGUAAGCGAUGAUGUGUUGAUCACAGAGGAUCGUGGACCAGGUCGAGAGCUACCCGGAGUGGAGGAGACAGUGUUUUCUAAAUCCCCAGUUCUUCAAGAGAAACGGUUGGCAUUCCUUUUGGCACGCUGACAGGCACCCCCACUGCCCUGCAAGUCCCGUGUGGGAAUCGGCUCUCGUGAGGGGAAAAGGCUGGGUCCUGGUAGAUGCGAUUCUGUCCCUUUCCUCUCCCCACCACCUGCAUGGGGCAGGGCCAGUGCCUGGCUUACUUCCAGGAGGGCACUGGGGGCCAGCUCAGCCCCUAGCUGUGAUCAGUGUCUGCACAACCCUCCAUGAUCUGGGGCUGAGCUAGACCUUCAUUAAGUAGAGAUGACAUCUUCAGUUUCAUGCUCAAUCCAGCUUUAGCUGAGUGCCUACACUCUGCAGGGUGCUGUGGGGAUACAGAAUGAAUAAGACCUGACUCCCCACAUGAAGGGAACCACAGUCCAAUAGUGGAGAUAAUACAUGCAGGUCACAUUACCCAGAAUUCUCUGGGAACCCAGGGGAAGGAGAGAUGUACUUGGCUUGUAGCUGGGGACUGUGUUGUAGCAUUUGAGAUGGUCUCUUGGGUGGGUUUCCCAACAUUUCCCUGCUUUUCUUAAUUGUUCUUCAAAUCUGGGAAAAACUUUUAGGAAGUUAUAUAGGUUUUAUAUUUAGGAAGCAGCCACAUCUGAUGUCUUAAGAAACUAUCAGUAAUAGUUUUAGUUAGCAUGGAAAUGCUAAAGACAGCAGUCCUUUAGGGAUUAGGAAUGAAUCUAAUAGGUUUGAUGAAUUCUGCUUCAUUUGGUUGUAUGAAGCUUUAGAAUGGCUUAGGUGGGAAAUGGAUUAGAAUUCAUUAUGAUGCAUGGGUUUUUAUGCAAAUGCAAACGCAGUUGAAGUAGUUCACUGCUAAGUCAGGAGAAAAUAUUUUGUGUGAUAUUCAUUCACUUUACUACAGUAAUAUUAAUGGUCUGUUUUACGUGUUCUCUUUUCUCACACACAAAAUAGUGAAUAACUUUUUCUUAUUUAGCUUUCUUCAGAAUUCUCCUCCCAUCUCCAUUUAUACCAGCUGUUCUUGUGUGAGUUGCUUAUCUGCCAUUUCUCCAAAGCUUCUCUCUGGGAGGCAUAGUUAAGAAUCCAGGAAAUUUAACAUUCAGCCUAGUGAAACCAGAACUAUCCAAGUUGGAGAUGGAAAACUAUGUCUGAUGUCCUAACUAUCCGGGAGUGCCCUGGUGGCAUUGCCUCCUGCUCUGUCAGCAUUAUGGCACCUCUCUUCUGCAUUAUGUUAGUCUGUAUCUUAAGAAAUAAGAGGCCCGUUGUGUUCUUCCCUGAAGCCUCCACUUGGCUUCCUUCACAAUCAUUAGGCAAAAUCUGCUUUCCUAGUUGUAUGUGCAGUUUACGUGAUUGGCUAGAACACUCGUUAGGUUUAGGUGCCCAAACAUCCCUGGGGUUUACAGUAUGCAGAUUCCUUUAAGAACAGUGUUAGCUAAAGCUUUCUAAGCUAGAUGAGAAUAUAGCAUAAGGUUCCCCCUUACUGAAAUGUAAGGACUCAACAAGUCAAACCAAUAAGGUGGUGAGAGGAGCUCCAGGAAAGGGGCUCCCCCUCACCCCCAGCCUGGCCAGCCCAGCCCAGGUGGCUCAGGGACCGACAUCUGCGGAGCCUCCUGGGGUUCAUGGUGCCUCCAUGAUUGAGUGGCCAGAUGAAGGCGAGCUUAGAAGCUGUGCAGUCAGCAGUUGUGUACUCAAGUUGGUAACAGCAACAUAGCACCCUGACUCCCCCUCCUCCCCCCACUGCUGUGGGUAUGCUCAUUGAAUUCCCCAGCAUGCAUAUGAGGGUCCUCUUUCUUGGCACCGUUCCUACCACUUCCCCACUCUGGGCCCACAUUCCUCAUUCCUGUCCAUUAACCUAAUUGAAGUCAACCACCAGGUCUUUAAAGCCAUGGAAAUACAUGGUCACAGGGCCAUUCCCGAGGCUGGCUGUUCUGCAUUGGGCCCUUUAUCAAAAAUAUCUAUAACUUUUAAAACUCUUGAACUGCCAUUCAGAGUAGCCACGAUUUUAAUGAAAUUUUUGGAUUUAAUAAUGGUUGAUAUCACUUUAAAUAUUUACACAAUCUCUUUAUAAUUAAAAACGCACUAAGGUUCGCUUACUACUAUCUGUUUUAUAGAAUUGGAGAUGUUCCAUUGGAUUAUAAAUAUUAAGAUGCUCCUGGAUCUCAAAAGAACCUUUUCUAAACAAGCACAAGCAAGGAUUUCUUUUGUCCUAGCACUGUUAAUAUUAGUAAUUCUCCGGAGAGUCAUAUAGGAUUGAACCAGAAUUGUUUCUUUCUGCUUGCAUUCCAAAAAAGACUGAUAAGGACAUAAAAAUGUGUAGUUUCGACUUAAAUUCUAGGCCUGUUCUGUUCUAUGUUAUAUAAAAGAAUUUCUCUGUAAUCCUGAUAUUAUACUGCUCUUUUGUAUAAGCAUAUUUAUAGGCACUUUAGAAAAUACUUAGCCGCAACGUGUAUUAUAGACAUUGGAAACUCAUGUUCAGCUUUUGUUUACUGCGUGUAUAUUGAGGGAGAUGAACGCUUUAUAUUCUGGAUCUGGCGGUGUGCUCACCUGGAGCAGAGGGUUGUGCUGUGUAGAUGGAGAAACUGCUCUCUUGGGCUUGUGUAGAAAGAAACCUGGCCCCAUUCCUGCUUUUUGAAAGUUGGUGUAAAAGCUGUUAGGAGGAAGAUACAAAAUAAGUGCUGUGUGGAAUACAGCUUUCUUAUCACACCAAGAUUUAUUUUAGAAUUUUCAAAUAUGCUCAUAACUUGUCUGAGAAAUGACAAAGCAAUUAAAAUGUUUUGUGGUUGUAGUUAGUUGGUACAUUAGCAAAUACAGCUUUACCAUCAAAUCUAGAUUUUUUUUUUCCCUUGUAAUUUUCAAGCUUUGAAAAGAGAUUUUGAGGGAAACCCUGAAGAAAAAAAAACACGUUGCUUUCUUGGAAAGGAAAAACUUAUAGUUCAAGGUAAUACUAUACAAAAUAAAAGUACUAAGACCAGAACCAAACUGUGAGGUUGUCCUGAAGUACCUUUUGGAUUUGAUUCUAUUUUGCGGGUGGGGUUUUAUUUCUUAACCUCCACUUCCUGGCCUUUUUGAAACAUCACAGUUCUUUUGGAAUUGAUCAUAACUCCUCUUAUGCAAAUUUCUCUAUUUGGGUAAUAGGAUGAAACCAAAUAAUUUAGAAAGCUGUCAAAAUAUCCAGAUAUAGUUGGCAGUAUAAGUACCACUAGGCAAGAAAUAAAAGCAUAAGAUAAAAUAAUAUUUAUACAGUCAGCUCUUGAUUAUUCAUUCCAUCUUGUUUGCAAAAUUUUAUUGAAACGUUUUUGCUUUCUACAAGAGAGAAACACAGUUUUGACAGCCUUCUUUCCUACUCCCCGCUCCGGAGGAGCUGUGAGCAAAAUUAAGGACCAGUUGUAUUUGAAGCUUUUUAGAAAGUAGUAUGUGAUUCGCGUCUUGCCCUUGAGGAGGAGGGGAAAGGGAGUGGGAGUUCUCACUUUGUCAGUUCUGUGCUUCAAGGGAUGUCAGUGUUUCUCACAUCCAAGCAUUAGUACAAGGACACGUCUCAAAAUUAAUUUUGGAAUUUUAAAAAUGUUGUAUGUCACGGCUCCUUUCAUUAUUAUGGAUAAUUGACAGCUGACUGCAUAGGAAAGGGCCAUGUUUCCAUCAGUGCUUUGAGUUCCUUUUUCUAUUAAGAUGGACGCAGCGCGCUCUAACAAGUCUGAAGGCAGAUCGUCACUAGAGGUUUAAUAUGGAGCUUGCAUAUCAUUGUGUUCAUACACACUUUUUUAGGCUGUUCAUACCUUACAAUAUUCACUUACUGUGCUAUUUUUUAAAAUCUCUCUAUUUUAAAGUUUUAAGCACAAUGUUGACCAUUCUGUAAUUUCCUAAAAUUAUAUUGUUUUCUUACAGACAACUCAACUUUCCUUUAUGUAUAAUACUUUAGGAAAAUAACUACCUUGUAAAAUAAAUGUAACUUUUUUUGUACCAGCA